AUGAGUGAACAAGAAAAAAGCACUUCGGCAAGAGUCGAGGAGAAUAUAAACUCUAGCGAAUCUCGCGGUACGCGACGUCGCCAUAGCGUUAUCGAAGUACUCAGUGACGAGUCAGACGAUGGCGAUGUUGAGAUCAUUAGUGAAACUUUACCUGCUGUGGAUGUGAACAGUGGCGAAGAGGACGAUGACGAGAUCCAAAUAACAGGCCACCAACAGCUCCAGCAAACAGCGCCACCCAUAAUACGGCGACAGCCGACUCCAGUUCAGCAGUCGCCGCAACCUCGAGAGAGGGAACGGAAUGUGCGCAGGAGGACCACUCGCCAUCGCAAUAAUGAUGCCAUGUUGUUUGUGGAUUAUGAUCAUAAUGAAGAAAACGGGCAAGCUCGUUUUGGAAUCGGGAAUUUCCCAGAAAUGGUGCUUCGUCAACAACGGGCACUUUUCCGUAUGUUCCAUUCGUUUUCACCCCCAGAUGAGGUGUCAAGUGUAAUCAUGCGUCGACUAGAACUCGAAGACGAGAAUACCCUAGACCGCAAAAUUGAAAGUGAGAACCGCCAUAACCGUAAAAUGCUAAUGCAGAAACAAUACAUGGCGGAUGGGGAGGUGGAGGGAUACACAAGCAAUAUAUCUCCCGAGAAAAACCACAUGUGUGAGUUGUGUGGAGUGAUUUUGGGUGAAGGAAUCCCAAAGGAUUUUCAGCCCGAUGCUAAAUGA